CACACCACCCACAAAGCACACUCCGGAUCGCUAUAUAUCGAUAAGUUAUACAUAGCUCUCGCGCGCUCUCGCUCCACCAUCGAGAUCCACGAACCUCACAAUUACAUGCGCCUCGGCAAAGCGAUGCGCCCCCCAACUCUUCCGACCUUCAAAGCGACCCGAUGGUCCUUCGGCCAGUGCCUCCUUAGCAUUACCUACCCUCCCACACCAUGACUCUCGAGCCGGGGCCUCGUCGUUCCACCUCUCCAGAGAGCUCUGGCCGGAAUACGCCUACGAUCCAGAGACAAUGGAGGAAUCAACUAAGCGCAGAGGAUUCUCCGGGCAAAGACAAGCACUACCGCAAAUAUGCGUCGGGCGUCGAGCGAGCUCUAUCGCUAUUCGAUACAGCGUUGGAAGAAUGGGCAGAUUACAUAUCGUUCCUCAGUAGGCUCUUGAAGGCAUUGCAAGCACGCCAGUCGAACACGACCACCAUCCCCUCCAAAGCCCUCGUCGCAAAGCGCCUUUCCCAAUGUCUCAACCCUUCACUACCGUCUGGCGUCCACCAGAAAGCGCUCGAGGUUUACAAUCAUGUGUUUUCUAUAAUAGGAAGAGAUGGACUAUCCAGAGAUCUCCCUCUAUAUCUCCCCGGUCUGGCCUCGACGCUGUCGUUCGCAUCCCUGACCGUGAGAGCCCCGUUCCUCGGUCUCCUCGAAAGCCAUGUUCUGCGUGUAGAUCCUGUGGUGCUGCGGCCAGCGAUGAAGAGCAUCAUCUUGGCCCUCCUUCCCGGGCUGGAGGAAGAAUCGAGCGAGGAAUUCGACCGGACAUUGAGCAUCCUAGAAAAAUUCAAAGCUGCCAUCCGACAACCAGGUUGCAGAGAACUCACAGCAACGGAUUCGGCCGGCGAUGACUUCUUUUGGCAAUGCUUUUUCUUGGCUACAAUCACCAGCCAGAGCCGGCGAUCUGGCGCUCUCGCCUAUCUCGUUCGCAGACUGCCGAAACUGGGGCACGAUCUCACAGAGGAGGAACAUCCGAAUAAAGCUCGAGACGCCGAGGCCGAAACUCUCUCGUCCGAGCUUGCGGAUAUUGUCACUCGCCCUGAGCCAGGCCUACUCUUGAGAUGUUUUGCUUCCGGGCUAGGCGAUGAACAACUUCUUAUACAGCGUGGCUUUCUAGAUCUGUUAGUCUCGCACCUGCCGCUGCACUCCAGGGUAUUGCAGAAAAAAAUCAAGAGCGACGAUAUGGAGCUUCUCCUUCGCGCUGCGGCCGGCGUGGUCACCCGGAGGGAAAUGAGUCUGAAUCGGCGACUAUGGACAUGGUUCCUGGGCCCCGACCCCCCCGGUCAAGAGCAGGAGAACGGCCUAGAGUCGCCCUCUUCGCUAUCUGAAAACCAUGGGUUUUCCAAGACGAGUUAUUUUGAGGAGUACGGCCUGCAAUCUCUCACCCAAGCAUUACUAUCAAUGAUCAAUUCUGCGCCUAGCAGCAAUCCUACGGAAAGGGCUCGCCCGUAUCGAAUAUGCCUGUCUCUCAUGGAUAGGUGGGAGGUAGGCGGCCUCGUGGUGCCCGAGAUCUUUCUUCCGGUUAUUGCUAGCGUUAAACGCUUCAAGGCCAAGGCUUCGAGCAAAGCCGAAUUCGGCGAAGUGUUACGCAGUGCGAGCGUCUUCUUCGAUGGCGUCGAGAGCGGUCUCAUAUACGGCGAGAUGAUGGAGCUUGUGGCCCAGGCUGUCAACCCCGGGAAGGCGACAAAUACGGAGCGCAUUGAAAAGCUAGAGCUCGUUCAGUUCAUCAUGGCUCACUUCAACAUACGGGAAGAGGAAAUGAUCUCUACCCACGCCCCUCUGGCCGUUCUAUACAUUUUAGCGACGCUCGAGAACCUCAAAGAGCGCAAAGACCGGUCCAGGUCCACCAGCCAGAGCGGAGAUGCUGGUAUUUCAUUCCGAUCGUUUGAAAUUGCCCAGAAUCUGCUGGAGCUUGUCCCGCAACGUGCAUUCCCGGCCCAAGCCGGAGAGCGAGACCUAGUUGGGCCCGUAGAAGACUCGGCAGCAGUGACCAUGUCUAACAGCGAGUUACUAAAGAAGAUCAAGCACUUUUACCUAACAGACCAAGGGAAUCUUGACGUCACGCCGACGCCCUUUUCCGCGCGAACCGUCGGGCUUCUUCUAGUCGAAAAAGCGUGCAGCCUAACUUGCAAUGCCCUCGCAACGGCCGACCAGGGGGCAGCAAUGUCUGUUCGGGGCCGAGUCCUCGCGCUCCUCCUGUCGAAAAUCCCUCUCGAAUAUUCUCUAGACACUGGAAGAUUGCUCACCGCGAUGCGCACGCGGCUGUCAGCGUCUGAUAUCGCUUUCCUCUCUUUCAAAUCCAUUAUUUCCCUGUCAACGCAGCUUUACAAUGCCGAACGGAUACCGGAAGCCUAUCUCUCGGACUUAGUAGAGCCAGUAGUGACCCAUGUGUGGAAUUUCCUGUCUCCGUCGGAACCCAAAUACCAUGUUGAGGCGGUGAGAUGUCUCUGGCAGUUCCAGACGGCCCUCACAACCUCGAACCGCGAUAUCGAAGCCGUGAUCGCCGCUCUAAUGUUGAAGGAUAGCACGACAGGUACGUUUGCCAUUCGGUCAGCCGACCCGGGUCGUAGCUUUACAAUCCUCUGGUCCCACACAUUGCAGGACAAUGCCUCACACUCUGACCGAAGAGGUCCCAAGACGCCCAUAAGCGAGUCGAGGUCGAAAACCCGGCUAUCGGGGAUGGAUUACUAUGAAGUUAUGCUCACCAGACCCCUAUUUCUAAUGCUUGACUCUCUGCUCGACGAGCGAACUCAGCUCUUUAUGAUGGUUAAAAACUGGCUGAACACCACGGUCGGAAUCGAUAAGCUUUUUCUGAUCUUUGUAACAAAGAUAUCUCAACUGCAGUUCCUCGGUUCCUUUCCCCAGACGACUAACGCUGUCUCAUCGAACCAAUCCGUCGAGUUCUCCGCAGAAGACGACCUUGACCUCGCGUUAUACUAUCUUCGUACCCUGUCCAAUGUAUUUCGGUGGGCACCAGAUGCAUUCUGGGGGGUUUUGGCAACAAGGACAAUCGAGGAACCAGGUCAAGUUUUGAUAAACAUCGCCGGCACUGAGGGCCCCUUCUCCCUACAGGAAUUCUUCCUGCGCGUCUGCAUGCGGUGCAUUGCUGGGAACCAAUUUCCAAGCGACAGCAAAUUGCAGCUCCGAGCCACUCAGCUCCAUCGCUGCGCCUUAAGUUUCCUUCAUCAGAUCCUACUCAAUCCGUACGCGGAGGGGUUGUCGCGUCUAAAACUAGAAGACACCUUGGUCGACAGACUUGCCCAAUCUCUUGAUGGACCGGACCCGUAUGUUCAAGUCUUACUUCUAGAUGUCGUGUUCGCCUCACUGCGGCUGCGGAAUACGUCACUCCCGGAACUGCCAUCAUCGCCGAUCGGAGAGAAGCGGUCGCUAAACCACCCGUCCGGGACCGCGAGGCUGUCUGCUGGUUCGGUAGACCGCGCCCCGGACGCCGCGACGCCUCCAACGCUGCUCAAAUGUAUCCAAGCCGGCCUCAGCUCCCACAGUAGCCGGCCCGUACUGGACAGUUGGGUGGGCUUCCUUGCGGAGUGUCUGCCCCUGUAUUCGGAUUCCAUUUUCCAAAUUCUCAUACCUCUGGUAGAAACCCUCUGCAGCCAAAUUGCCGCCGCGUUCGGCAACCUCCAGACCACGUUCAAGGAUAACGGAAAGCCGUCAGAGAAACUAAACGCCCCAGAGUCCACAUUGAUAUCGUUGCUCAAUGCCCUCGAGCAAGUUCUUGCCAAGGCGCAUGACCAAUUGAUCAUUACAGAGGCGAAGGCUCAGGUGACUAAGAGCCCCGAGCAGCCUCAGGGAUUCUUCGGGAACAUGGUGUCGGGAGUAUUCAAUUCGGACACCCCGCAAUCUCGGAGCGCGACCGCAAACGACCGGCUAACUGUCCUACUCGCCUUCCAAGACGCGGUCCGCAUGUGCUUCAAGAUCUGGUCCUGGGGACAGGGUGGCGAAGCUAAUAGUCAGGAUGCCGAUUCGGUUUCCUCGUUCAACUACACGUCGCUGCGUAUGAGAAAUCGUGCUAGGCGCCUGUUGGAGCACGUAUUUGCCGCCGAAGCUCUCGAGUGUUUAGAAACGGUGGUCGACAUAUGGAGAGCCUCUCUUGCCGACCCGGAUACGACGAAGCGCUCCGAAAUAUUCAAUUUAUUACCCGCCCUAGACGGUUCCCGGCCAAAGCACACCAUCCCUGCCAUCUUCAAUGCCAUAUAUAGUCGUACUAACCCUGGCGCACUAGACCCGUCUAGAAAGUCGACAUUAACUAUCUCGUUGCAGGACACCGACCUAGUGACUUUCCUAGUAGAUUAUGCCCGUUCCCUCGAGGAUGAUGCCAUGGAUGAGAUUUGGCAAGAUUGCAUGACCUUCCUCAAAGACCUGUUGGGCAACCCCUUCCCGCACAGGCAAACGCUCCCGAGUCUCCUGGAAUUCGCGGCGAUUCUAGGCGAGAAGGUGGACAAUACCAAUUUCGGGGAGCAGAAGAGGAUGCGUAGGGAGCUCGGGGAUCUCUUUCUGCGUCUGCUCACUGCGCUCUUCACCACUCGGCCGGCGUCCUUCACGGAUACGUACUCGUCGCAAUCUGAGAAACCCAAAUCACUGGGCAACCUCUCGUCGGCGGAUAGAGCGGACGAUGUCGUCGGUAUUCUUGCAAACAUGGCCCCUGAUCUGCCCAAAAUCCUCGUCGAGUCAGAUCGCGUCCUAGCCGCUGCAGGGGCGAUUUCGGCCAACGUCAUCGGACCAGCAAUCCGCUCGAAAGCCUUCCCCGAGACUUUCUCAAUAAGUAUGGUGACUCUCCUUCAGGAGUUAACAAGGCUUCCCAACAACCAGAAGACUUGGAAGAAGGAUAUCGGGGAUGUCUUCAACGACUCGAGGUUCUUUAGCUCUCCUGUUGCUUUAGUGGAGAGCCACUGGUUACCUUUGUUAAAACUUUGGACGAUUACGGACAAGGACCGAAUGCAGGAGAUCCUAAGCAGAUUGACGCCGCCUACGACAGCUGGCAUCGUAUUUGGAGUCGGCGCCACCUCGGCAAGGCUGGAAGCAGACCGCAAAACACAGCUCAACCUCCGCCGCGUCGCGGUGCUAGUUCUCGCGUGCGACUCGGACACUUUCGUCACAGAUCUCCCACCUAUCCUAGAGCGCAUCGUCGAGCUCUUGGCAGCGACCUCUACCUCGUCGCCGUCAUCGACCACUCGCGGGGACAUAUAUAUGGUCAUCCGCGCCCUAAUUCUCCGCACAUCGGCCAUCCACCUCGCACCCCUGUGGCCGACCGUGGACGCGGAACUUCACGCGGCCAUAUCUUCCGUCGCCGCGCCAGACGAUAGCCCCGCUGUAGAUACCUUUAACAACACAUCCAUCCUCCAAGCCUGCAAGCUCCUAGACGUGCUAAUCGCGGCAGCGCCGGACGACUUCCAGCUGCAUCAGUGGCUCUUCGUGACGGACACCAUCGACGCCAUCUACCGAUCGUCGAGCUACCAACCGAUCGCUCUCGUCGACGAGCUGUCCGAGGAGCUCGGGAACGCCAGGCUCGUGUCGGACUCGGGGGCUCUCCAGACCGAGUCAGCAGCGUCCGCAUCGGCGCUGGCGGCCGCCAGCGGGUCGUCGUCGCCGUCGUCGGCGGCGGCGGCGGCGCCUUCGUCGGACGCACCACCGCAGCGAAAACCCCUCCUCGGCGGCCCGGGCGGGAUCGACGACGAGCUCGCGGCCGACCGCCGGGACGAGCUCGUGCGCAAAGUCCUGCGGCCCUUCUUCGGGCAGCUGAGCAUCCACGCGUUCGAGUCGACGUACGCGAUGGGCGCGCUCGACGCCGAGACGUGCGUCGCGGACCUGCUGAGGGACCUGUUCGACGAGCGCACCAUCGUCAAGGCGCUGUAGCGGGGGGAGUAAGAGGGAGAAGGAAGAGAGAGAGAGAGAAAAAAGGGGUGGGGGAGGGGAGG